UACGAAAACCAAACAAGUCCAAAUCCUGUAAAUCCUCUCCUCAGCUUCAUCAUGCACGAUAUGGAUGAGUCAACUCCUCCCCCUCCAGAUAUCGAGGCUCCCCCGCCUCCAGCUCCACCAUCAGGCACUCCAACCGAUUUCUUGAAGGGCGUAGUCGGGAAAAAGGUCAUCGUCCGUCUUACAUCAGGCGUCGAUUAUCGAGGCGUUCUUUCUUGUCUAGAUGGAUAUAUGAAUAUCGCUCUGGAGCAGACUGAGGAGCAUGUCAAUGGAUUGGUUACAAAUCGAUACGGGGACGCAUUCAUUCGCGGGAAUAAUGUGUUGUACAUCUCUGCUGCUGAACCGCUAUAAUCAAGCAAUGUUCUACUAGGACCGUCUGACAGCCCUAUCACAUUCCUAAAAAGAAGUUCGAUUGAAGAAUAGUUAUGUGUUUGCAACACCCAUCGACGCCGAACAAUGCAGAUCGUCUCUCGCAGUGUAACA